AUGUAUACAGCAAGCUCUUCUUCUCCCGAGCCUGCUAACAAAGCAAUUAUAGAUCCUUUAAAUGCACGAUCAUUACAAGUUCAACCUGUUGCAUAUAUAGACAAUGAUCCACCUACAGAAUUCUUUUGUAUGCUUUCGUUAUUGAUUUAUUCCGUACUUUAUAUAGAUAAUGAUGCGAUUGUAGACUAUCGUCCAAGAACAUUGACGGUAUUAUCGGCAAUGAUUAUUGGACUUGUAUACGUUGCAAUAUAUCGAGAGGAAGACGAUAAAGGAUCUAAUACGGCAACGAAUAUUAAAUUCGGAAGCAUGGCUGGAGUAGGUUUUUUUCUUUUAUUUGCGAUGUUACAGUUUAGAGAUGGACCUUUCAUCCGACCACAUCCUGCUUUUUGGAGAAUUGUUUUGGGUCUUGGAGUGUUAUACCAGAUGUUUCUUGUAUUUCUUUUAUUUCAGAAUAAAUUCGAUGCACGUUUAUUUCUUAGGGCAAUUGAUCCAACAUUAGGAAGACCUCUCCCGGAACGUUCAUAUGCCGAUAAUUGUGAAUUGACUUACGAUAAUGUUAAAAAUCAAAUUGAUAUCUUUGUGGUUUAUCAUGCAACUGGAUGGUAUGCCAAAGCUGUAGUGUUACGUGAUUACUGGUUCUGCUGGAUAUUAUCUGUCAUGUUUGAGAUUAUGGAAUAUUCAUUACAACAUCAAUUAAAUAAUUUUGCGGAAUGUUGGUGGGAUCACUGGAUCCUUGAUGUGUUAAUCUGUAAUUGGAUUGGUCUUUAUUUUGGAAUGAAGACGUGUGAAUAUUUUGAGAUGAAAGGAUAUUCUUGGAGAGGUUUUAAACAAAUCCGAUCAUCAAAAGGAAGAGUGCAGAGGAUAGUACAACAAUUCACACCACACCAUUGGACUAAAUUCGAAUGGGGAACUACUAAAAGUUUUAAAAAUUAUUUAGCUGUUAUUGGACUUUUAUUCUUGUUCUUGCAAGCUGAAUUAAAUUCAUUUUAUUUGAAAUAUCUUUUAUGGAUUCCACCGGAGCACCCACUUAACAGUUAUCGAGCUUUGUUGCUUUUCAUGUGUUCAAUUCCUGGUACACGUGAAGCAUAUCAAUAUUUGACAGACAAGUAA